AUGAGUAAUCCCUAAGAAAUUAAGAGAGUAGAAUGGCUCAAAAUAUCCCUUGAUGAUAAACUUAAAAGAAUAUUCAACCCUUCUAAGGACUUGAAAUGCCUCUCAAAUCAAGUCAAGAGUCAUUUUAGAGAACUAAAUGACUUCAUUCUGGUAAAUACACCUGAAGUAAUGGAAAAAGAAUUCGCUUUGCAAUGGGUCACUCCGCAACAAAAGAUUAUAAUUUCUGACAAUGACCAACUAGAAGAGAUCUACUUAAUGCAUUCGCUAUCUGUUGAUAAUAAAAUCCCCAGAUUCGAGAUAGUGGCUGUCAUUGAUGGAUCAUUAAAUCAGAGUAAUAUGCGAUAGAGCUCAAUCAGAAAUUCUGAACUAAAAAAUAGCAUGAUUUAUACUGAGUAAAAUGGAGGAAACAUCAUUAAUGAUGGAUCCUAAUUCCAAAGUUGCUACCCUUCUUAGAGUUCAAUUGAUCGAUACUAUUAAUAGCAAUAGUAGAAAUUUGAUGAAAAUCUCAAUCCCAUUCAAAACCCUAUCAAACAGAGUUUAUUGGAUGAACUGAAAAGCGAAGAAUCUGAGGAAUUUGAAGACUCCAGGAGUUAUUUUGAUUCUUCAGAGGACGAAGAGGAAGAGGAUAAAAAGAUUAUGUUGACUAUGAGACAUUUUAUCAGGCUAGAAGUUGAGAAAAAAUGCAUUUAGUACUGCGAGGAAGACGAUGAUCUAAAGCAAAUGAGGGAGAAAUUUGAAUUGAGUUCAUUUAACAUUCAGGGCUAGUAAGAGGAGGAAGAAGAGAAAAUCGAAUAUUCAUAACUAAUUGAUGUUUAGCAACUCAAGUCAUCUAAUUUGAAUAAUGAUCAGAACAAAACAAAAGUGGAUAUUUCCGUCAGCAUGACGAGCAAGAUGAAUGAGUCACUAACCUAAUCGCAGAUUCUUAAAUUUCCAUUUGGACUCUCUACAUUUAAGAACUUCUUCUCGAAGAAAUAGAUGCCUUAAGAUAGAUAGCUCUACGCUAUGAUUCUUGGUUAAGCUGAGAAUUAUCUUGAGGCUGAAGUUGGGACAUAAUGCACUCUAAAGUGGCAAAUCUAGAAUAAGGCUAGAAUCUAAUGGCCAAAAGGUAAAGUCGAGCUUGUUCACAUCUACUCAUCUCCCUUGGCAUUGAUAGAAAAUAAAAAACUUGAUGGCAUCCUCUAACCAAAUGAGUCUGAAGAGAUCUAAGUUGGUCUCUUUAUCCCUAAAGAUAUCAAAGAGAACUAUCAAAUUGUAUUGUUCAGACUUAGAGAUAAAGAUGGAUAUUUCUUCGGCUAACCUCUUAUUGCAAUAAUCAAAGUUCUAAGAAAUCUACAAAGUGGAAACUUAGACUAGUCUUAAUCACUAUCCUAGUCAAUGAUGAGAUAGUCUGUUGUCUCGAUUAGAAAGUCCUCAACUGAGGAUUUCUCAGCCUACAACUUGAGUGAUGAGCAACUCCUCGGUAUGGCUUCUGUACUUUUUGACGAAGGCUAUGGCUCAUUUGACAGAUGCUAUGGAAUCGUAAGGGCUUUAAGAGGAGAUAUGAAGAGAGCUAAGGAGACUCUGAGUCAACUUAUAUUCUAUGAAUGCCAAUUCUGA